AGUUGUGUUGUCAUAUCUGUCAUUUCUUUUUAUUUUCUAAAGAACCAAUCAUCGGCGGACCACUGGUAAAUGGGUAACCUCUCGAUUAGUGUGUGCGUGUCAUGAAUUUGAUUGUCAAAAAUGGUUCAAGCCGGUGCAAAGAAAUCGACAAUUCCCAAAGUAAAUAGUAAAGCAGGAAUUAACAGUCUCAUAAUAUUCGUGGUUCUCCUUUUGGCAUGGAUUGCUGGAUUCUCGUCGCGUCUGUUUGCAGUUAUUAGGUUCGAGAGUAUCAUUCAUGAAUUCGAUCCAUGGUUCAACUACAGAGCCACGGCAUAUAUGGUAAAACAUGGGUUCUACAAUUUUUUGAAUUGGUUUGACGAGCGGGCAUGGUACCCCUUGGGAAGAAUAGUGGGGGGCACGGUCUACCCAGGCUUGAUGUUGACAUCAGGCAGCAUACAUUAUUUGCUGCAUUUGCUUCAUAUUAAUGUGCACAUACGUGAUAUAUGUGUGUUUCUAGCUCCAGUGUUCAGUGGACUGACCGCUAUAUCGACCUACUUCCUGACGAAAGAGCUGUGGUCAGCUGGAGCCGGUCUUUUUGCAGCCUGUUUUAUUGCCAUCGUGCCUGGUUAUAUAAGUCGAUCUGUCGCCGGAAGUUAUGACAAUGAGGGCAUCGCCAUAUUCGCCUUACAAUUCACCUACUUCCUCUGGAUCAAAUCCGUCAAAACAGGAUCGGUCUUUUGGUCGGUUGCGGCCUCUCUAUCCUACUUUUACAUGGUAUCUGCAUGGGGUGGAUACGUCUUCAUCAUCAACCUGAUUCCCCUGCAUGUUUUCGUCCUGUUGUUGAUGGGAAGAUUUUCCAAUAGACUCUUUACAAGUUACACAACUUUCUACAUAUUGGGCCUGAUAUUUUCUAUGCAAAUACCCUUCGUUGGGUUCCAGCCCAUUCGUACUAGCGAACAUAUGGCAGCUGGCGGUGUUUUCGCACUAUUGUUUGCCGUUGCUGUUUUGAAAUACCUUCAGUCGAUGAUGUCAAAAUCAGAAUUCAAAUCUUUGGUUAUUUUUGGAGGUCUCGCAUCUGCUGCUUUGGUAUUUUCGACAGUGGUACUCCUUACCUAUGCUGGAUAUGUAGCGCCUUGGAGUGGAAGAUUCUACUCUUUGUGGGAUACCGGUUACGCUAAAAUUCACAUACCUAUCAUCGCUUCAGUCUCCGAGCAUCAACCUACCACUUGGUUCUCGUUUUUCUUUGACUUACACAUAUUGGUGGCCACUUUCCCAGCCGGUUUGUGGUACACCAUCAAGAACAUCAAUGAUGAAAGGGUUUUUGUGGUUCUUUAUGCUCUGAGUGCUGUAUAUUUUGCUGGGGUCAUGGUCCGACUGAUGCUAACGCUCACUCCUGUCGUGUGCAUGUUGAGCGGCAUCGCUUUCUCUGGUCUGUUGGAAGUAUUUCUGAGGGAAGACGACAGCGCUCGUAAUGAAGAGAGCGAGGAGGAAGAGCAGAGCACUCCCAGCAAGAGGCUCUACGAUAAGGUGAAGAAAGAACCUAAAGCAAAAUCUGGAAAAUCUAUAGGCGGAUCUAAGAUACCUGCUCCUAAUGCGGCUGGCCGAGUGCCAAAAAUGAAACAUGAGCAAUCCAAGGAAACUGACACCAUCGGCCCCAAUUUGCGUAGCAUCGUUACCGUCGUCAUUUUGUUGCUGCUGAUGCUCUUUGCCGUCCAUUGUACCUGGGUCACCAGCAAUGCUUAUUCGAGUCCCAGUAUAGUGCUCGCUUCGUACGGAAGCGACGGAUCCAGACAAAUUCUCGAUGAUUUCAGGGAGGCCUACUUUUGGCUGUCGCAGAACACUGCAGAUGAAGCCCGGGUUAUGAGCUGGUGGGAUUACGGUUACCAAAUAGCCGGCAUGGCGAAUCGCACCACUCUCGUCGACAACAAUACGUGGAACAACAGUCACAUCGCGCUAGUCGGCAAGGCGAUGUCUUCUAACGAGAGCGCCGCAUACGAGAUAAUGACCGCCCUCGAUGUCGAUUAUGUCCUCGUGAUUUUCGGAGGUGUGAUUGGAUACUCCGGGGACGACAUCAACAAGUUCUUGUGGAUGGUGCGCAUUGCAGAGGGCGAGCACCCCAAGGACAUCAGGGAGAGUGACUACUUCACAGAGCACGGCGAAUUCCGCAUCGAUGCAGAAGGAUCUCCAACGCUCCUCAACUGUCUCAUGUACAAGUUGAGCUACUAUCGCUUCGGCGAGCUGAAACUUGAUUAUAGGACCCCGGCUGGAUUCGAUCGUACUAGGAACGCAGUCAUCGGUAACAUGGACUUUAAUUUGAACUACCUCGAAGAGGCUUAUACGACUGAGCACUGGCUAGUGAGGAUUUACAGGGUGAAGAAACCGGACGAGUUCAAUAGACCUAGGAUUCCCGUGGCGAGUAGAGUGGUGAAGUCGCCGAAUUAUGUUUCGAAAAAGAGCACCAAACGUAAAAAGGGGAUCAUCAAGAACAAACCGGUCGUAGUCAAAGGAAAGAGACUGUCUUCAAAACAAUAAUUGAAUGAAUUGGAGUGACAAAACAAAAGAGUAGUUAUAUAAAUAAUAUUUUUUGUUGUUGGAUAUUGUUUUUUUAUUAUCACAUAAUUUUUUAUCAGCCACCAUAUUGUACUGAAAGGACUUUAAAAAAGAUGUUAAACUGUGUUCUCAGUUCUUAAGUUCAUCUGUUGAAAUGAGAGCGAUGAAUAUUUUUCACUAUGUGAUAAACGUGUAAAAAUGCUAAUACAUUUUUUGCACUUUC